AAUUGUGCAGGCUUACUAGUAUCUGAGAGGCUCUCUCUGUACCAUUAUUUAUAUAUUUAUAGGAACAGGGUAGCAUUUGUUGUAGCGUCUGUUAGAGACUUGAGCUUGAGUCAGCCGAUUCUCGAACGAUUCUAGAUAGUGACCUAAAACAUUAUGGCUGGAGGUAAAGCUGGAAAGGAUUCGGGAAAAGCCAAAGCUAAAGCUGUGUCUAGGUCGGCAAGGGCUGGACUUCAGUUCCCUGUUGGUCGCAUCCACCGGCAUCUAAAGAAUAGGACAACGAGUCAUGGUCGAGUUGGUGCUACUGCUGCUGUUUAUAGUGCCGCAAUUCUGGAAUAUUUGACAGCCGAGGUGUUGGAGUUGGCGGGAAACGCCUCGAAAGAUCUCAAAGUGAAACGUAUCACUCCUCGCCAUUUACAGCUUGCCAUUCGCGGUGAUGAAGAGCUUGACAGUUUAAUCAAAGCGACCAUUGCUGGAGGAGGUGUUAUUCCUCACAUUCACAAGUCCCUUAUUGGUAAGAAAGGGGGGCCUACCCCAGGAAAUCCAAAACCAUAAAGUUAGCUGUAAUGAAGAUUGAUCAUCCGGAUUAUCAGCAUUGAAUGGAAACAACUUUCGCCCGUGACCUCAUCGAAAAAUAAGAAUUAUCUCCUUGUAUUGACGCGACUACAAUUUCAGUUUUGGUUUCUCUUCCCUGUCUUGUCGUACCUCAUCAAACCAUCCCAGACCUUUUUUCAGCUGCAUUUUUCUUCUCCUACGAUGGACCACUUCAUUUAUUUUUCAUUCUAAAAUUGUCAUCUAUUCGCUCGUUUUUUCACCCUUCGGAUUGUUAAGAGAACUCAAAAGAGAAAUAGAAAUACAAUGUCGCUUUUUUAAA